AUGGGCACCUCGCUGUCACCGUUGUGUCUGCUGCCGGUGCUGUUCGCGCCGUGGCCAGGGAAUGGACAGAUUGCCGGUAUGGUCCAGCUGCCAGGUGGGAGGUUUCAGAUGGGAACAAAUUCUCCAGAUGGCAGAGACGGUGAAGGGCCUGUCCGGGAGGUGACCGUAAAACCCUUUGCCAUUGACAUAUUUCCUGUCACCAACAAAGACUUCAGGGAGUUUGUCAGGGCGAACAAGUACCGGACAGAGGCUGAGUCGUUCGGAUGGAGCUUUGUCUUUGAGGACUUUGUCUCCGAUGAGCUGAGGAAAAAAGCGACCUACCAGAUGAAACCUCUUCUCUGGUGGCUUCCUGUGGAGAAGGCAUUUUGGAGACAGCCUGCAGGUCCUGGCUCUGGCAUCCGAGAGAGACUGGAGCUGCCGGUGUUGCACGUGAGCUGGAACGAUGCCCAGGCCUACUGUGCCUGGCGGGGGAAACGGCUGCCCACGGAGGAGGAGUGGGAGUUCGCUGCCCGAGGGGGCCUGAAGGGUCAAGUUUACCCCUGGGGGGACCAGUUCCAGGCAAACCGCACCAACCUGUGGCAGGGGAAGUUUCCCAAAGGUGAUAGGGCCGAGGAUGGCUUCCAUGGAGUCUCACCAGUGAACGCAUUCCCCCCACAGAAUAACUAUGGGCUCCACGACCUCAUGGGCAAUGUGUGGGAGUGGACAGCGUCACCAUACCAGCCAGCUGACCAGGACAUGCGUGUCCUCCGGGGGGCAUCGUGGAUUGACACGGCUGAUGGCUCUGCCAAUCACCGUGCCCGGGUCACCACCAGGAUGGGCAACACCCCGGACUCAGCCUCAGACAACCUAGGUUUCCGCUGUGCAUCCAGUGCAGGCCGCCCGCCUGGAGAGCUAUGA